GAGGCGGGGCUUGUAAUGAUUGAUGAGUCCAUGACCAUGAGCUGAGGAGGCGGGGCUUGUGGCGAUUGCUGUGGCCGUGACCACGAGCUGAGGGGGUUGAGACGGGCCUGUGUGGAGGCUGGGCUUGACGAGGUGAAGAGAGAGGAAGGCGUUGUUCCUGUUCUUAGGCCGUACACGGAGAGGGAGAGGGAGAGGGAGCAGGAGCAAGAGCAAUGCUGUGGCGCUGGUAAACCCAGGCCUUGGCGGAAGUCAAUAUGUUGUCAGUUCGGCGGGCGCUUCAGGAGUUGGGAUUGAGACUCAGAUUUCACCUGUUCCGGGAUAUCGGUCGCCAGUAUCCGGUCUUCUGCUUCAUUAUGUUAUUGCUUACCCUUUCCACCCUGCUGUUUAACAGGUAUUUACAUAUUCUUAUGAUGUUCUGGUCAUUCCUUGCUGGAGUUGUGACUUUCUACUGUUCGCUUGGACCUGACUCACUUUUGCCCAAUAUUCUGUUCCAUACUGAGCGAAAACCAAAGUUUCCCGACCACUGAUGUGAGGCUCACUGGCCUGUAAUUUUCU